AUGAGUAUUGUUCAGAGGAUAGCUGCUGCUUUUAGCACCGCUGCUGCAAGUGAACAUUUAUGUUUCAACGAAGUGGGGACACAAUGGCUUCGGAACAGCGAUAAUGGGAUGCAGUACUGGGUCAGGUUUGCCCCCAGCCUCCUGAGCAAGCCGGAGAAGGGCGACACUGCCCCAAACGACGACCCCUUGGGGAAACACGAACCGGAAUUGCUCGUCACGGAGGAUCUAGACGGCUCUCAGGAGUUCAAAGUCGUGUUGAACAAGUUCCCAGUGAUGCAAAACCACGCUUUGCUCGUCACAAACGUCUUCAAGGACCAGUCGUCGCGCCUGACACCGCAGGAUCUGUCCACAUCGUAUGCGCUGAUACGUGACAUGAACGCAGCGUGGCCCGGCAAGAACCAUUUGGUUAUUUACAAUUCAGGGCCGCAGAGUGGGUCCUCUCAAAGACACAAACACUUGCAACUGUUGGAGUUCCCGCAGAACUUCACACCGUUCCAAGAUGAACUGUGCAGCGGCGAAACACACUUCGUACCUGACACAGAGCACGACCCCUUGCAAGAUCGCAAAGUGUCCUUUGCACAUUUCGUAGUACCGCUCCCGGAUUCGGACGGCGAUGUAUCGGCUGAACUCCUAGAAUCGUGCUACUUUACGCUUCUACAGAAAGUUUUGACCUUCUUCCAACAAGACCUCGAGGUAAGUUACAACGUGUUACUCACCAGGAAAUGGCUUUGUCUAGUGCCAAGAUCCAAUAUUAGAGCAAGAUCGUUACAAGUAGGGUUCAACUCCAUUGGGUACGCAGGACUUGUUCUCGUUAAAAAGAGGGAGAUCUUCGACGAGGUCCGCUCGAACCCAAACGUCAUCGACAGACUACUAUUGGAAUGCGGGUUCCCAAAUACCACCACGUAG